CGAAAUGGACCGGCUGUGAUACAGUUACACUUUCACCGAACCGUGCUGACCCCACGGGCUGACGUUUGAAGAUUGAGAUUGGAAGAGAAAGGAUGAGCUUCGCACGCGCGUGAUAUCCGUGUCAAUACAGAGCUCGCGCUCUCUAGACCCACCUGACCCGAGACGCGAUGAACAGUCCGAGUUGAGCGCGCGCUGUGUUGUGGUUCAACGGCAAAGUAUGUCAGGCAAUUGACUGGAUGAGAAGAAGGUGGCGUUUUUAAGCUUUUUGUUUCAUUAUGACUGAAAUAUCAUGCUACAGUGUUUAGUUUACAGAGAAGAGAAAUCCGCUGGCUGACUAGAAACUACAACGAACACGUUGGAAGUGCUGCAUUAUUCAGUGUAAUAGUGACUUGUUUUAUAAGUUGAGCAACUGAUGUCCCAACUUGACAGAAACGAGCCCGGCGAGUUUAUUUACACAUUGUUUAUAAACAGUCCUUUUAUUUUUCUAAACUGAAGACGUUUAAUUUGCGGAUGUUGUCAAACUUUAUCAGCUAGCAAGCUAGCGGAUUUUUGGAUGAGUUCCGCCGGUUGACUCACCGCGCUAAAACAGCACAUUUUACAGAAAACUGAAGACAAAACAGUAUUUGAGGGGAAAACUGACGAGCUGUCAUGGCAACCCGGAUUGUGACUUAAGAGUCGAGAGAGCAACACACAUACCCCGAUGUCUGGAGGGCGAAUCUGCGGUCAACAUUGAUUCUGCCUUUGUGUGUUUGGAACAAAGUUGAGGAGAGGCUUGCUUGCCAUGUACCAGAGCAAGAUCUGUUUCACCAUCUAAAUGCAUUAAGCACAAGUCAGUCAGAUUCACUGAUAUAAUACUACAAGUAAGUGUUUACUCAACCCUCAUCCAGCAGAAUGAAGAGAACUGAGACCAAAAAUAAAAGGAAACUCUGCACCUCUGAGCAGCGGGAGAGCAGCACUGAAGACAAAGACGAGAUGCUGCCGGCACCUCCACCCCUGCUGUUCAGAAAGCUAAGUAACCCCGACCUGUCUCCUGCCGCAGGAAAGACCAAACUGCAGCGGCAGCUCAGUCAGGAUGACAGCAGAGCUCGACGCAGCAGUAUGGCCAGCGUGCUCACCGGAAAGCAGCUUCUGCCUCUGUCCAGCAGCAUGCAUGGUGGAGUGAGUCAGCUUGCUUGGCAGCCACAUGCAGGAGAACCCAAUAACUUAGUCCGCAUGAGGAGUCAGUCUUUUGGCAAGUCUGCUCCCUCUCUUACUGCAGGACUGAAGGAGCUGAGUCUUCCCAGACGAGGCAGUUUCUGUCGGACCAGCAACAGGAAGAGUUUGAUAGUGACAUCCAGUACCUCUCCCACUCUGCCCCGCCCCCACUCACCACUGCACGGACUUUCAGGGAGCAGUCCAUUGGACAGUCCACGCAAUUUCUCCCCAAGCACUGCUGCCCACUUUUCCUUUGUGCCAGCUCGCAGUCAUGGACACAGGGCUGACAGGACAGACGGCCGCCGCUGGUCUCUCGCCUCUUUGCCAUCCUCUGGAUAUGGAACCAACACCCCCAGCUCAACAGUCUCGUCAUCAUGUUCAUCUCAGGAGAAGCUGCACCAGUUGCCCUUCCAGCCCACAGCAGAUGAGCUGCACUUCCUCACCAAACACUUCAGCUCGGAGAGCAUCACAGAUGAGGAUGGGAGGAGAUCUCCAGCCAUGCGGCCCCGCUCCCGCAGUCUCAGCCCUGGGCGCUCACCCAUAUCUUUUGACCAUGAGAUAGUCAUGAUGAACCAUGUCUACAAGGAGCGUUUCCCUAAGGCUACUGCUCAGAUGGAGGAACGGCUGGCUGAAUUCAUAUCCUCUUCAGCCCCUGACAAAGUCAUGCCUCUAGCUGACGGCGUCCUGAGCUUCAUCCACCAUCAGGUCAUCGAACUAUCCCGUGACUGCCUGGACAAAUCCCGCGAAGGUCUCAUCACCUCCCGCUACUUCUACGAACUACAGGAGAACCUUGAGAAAUUGCACCAGGAUGCUUAUGAACGCUCCGAGAGUGUGGAGGUGACUUUUGUCACCCAGUUGGUGAAGAAGCUGAUGAUUGUCAUCGCCCGGCCUGCCCGGCUACUGGAGUGUCUGGAGUUUGAUCCAGAGGAGUUCUAUCACCUGUUAGAAGCUGCUGAGGGUCAUGCUAAAGAGGGUCAGGGCAUCAAGUCCGACAUCCCACGAUACAUCAUCAGCCAGCUGGGCCUCACCAGGGACCCCCUUGAGGAAAUGGCCCAGCUGAGCAAUUAUGAUAGUGGUAACCCUGAAACACCAGAAACAGAGGAGUCCAUAGAAAGUCGAGGAGCUGCCAUACAGCCACCCCAGCCAAAAAUUCAAACUCCUCGUGAGGAAGACUUCGAGACCAUUAAACUCAUCAGUAAUGGAGCUUAUGGGGCUGUGUUUCUGGUGAGGCAUAAAGAGACCCGUCAGCGCUUUGCCAUGAAGAAAAUCAACAAGCAGAACCUAAUCCUGAGGAACCAGAUCCAGCAGGCCUUUGUGGAAAGAGACAUCCUGACAUUUGCCGAGAACCCUUUCGUUGUCAGCAUGUUCUGUUCCUUCGAGACAAGGAGACAUCUGUGCAUGGUUAUGGAGUAUGUAGAGGGUGGGGACUGCGCCACUCUGCUAAAGCACAUAGGAGCUCUGCCUGUGGACAUGGCACGCAUGUACUUUGCUGAGACAGUUCUAGCACUGGAAUAUCUUCACAACUAUGGCAUUGUGCACAGAGACCUCAAACCUGACAAUCUCCUGAUAACAUCAAUGGGACAUGUGAAACUGACAGACUUUGGCUUGUCUAAGAUUGGUUUAAUGAGCUUAACAACUAAUCUGUAUGAAGGUCACAUCGAAAAAGACACCCGUGAAUUUCUGGACAAACAGGUGUGUGGUACUCCUGAAUACAUUGCUCCCGAGGUCAUUCUGAGGCAGGGCUAUGGUAAGCCUGUGGACUGGUGGGCAAUGGGUGUGAUCUUGUAUGAGUUUCUGGUGGGCUGUGCUCCAUUCUUUGGGGAUACACCUGAAGAACUGUUUGGACAAGUCAUCAGUGAUGAGAUAAUCUGGCCAGAGGGCGAUGAAGCUUUACCUACUGAUGCUCAAGAUCUCAUCUCCAAACUACUGAGGCAAAACCCUCUGGAGCGUCUGGGAACAGGUAGUGCGUUUGAGGUGAAACAGCACCGGUUCUUCACUGAUCUGGACUGGAAUGGUCUUCUAAGGCAGAAGGCAGAAUUUAUACCUCAGUUAGAGUCAGAGGAUGACACUAGCUACUUUGACACACGCACAGAUCGGUAUCAUCAUGUGGACUCUGAGGAAGAGGAUGACACGAAUGAAGAUGACCAUUUAGAGAUCCGUCAGUUCUCCUCCUGCUCACCACGAUUCAGCAAGGUGUAUAGUAGUAUGGAGCGUUUGACCUUACAUGAAGAGAAGCGCACCCCUCCUCCCACUAAGCGUAGUCUGAGUGAAGAGGGAGGUGAGCGAAUUGACAGUCUCAGUGGCCUGAAAUCCCGAGACCGGAGCUGGCUGGUGGGCUCGCCGGAGAUCCUACGGAAGCGGCUCUCUGUUUCCGAGUCCUCUCACACUGAGAGUGACUCCAGUCCGCCUCUUACAGUGCGUCGACGCUGUUGUUCUGCAAUCAUAGAAAUGCCUCGAUUUGCCAUCUCCAGUGAAGAGGAUGGGGGUGUGACAGGCAGGAAGACCCCCAUGAGGGGCCCUCGCAUGGAAGAUCUGCCCCGGUCCAUACCAGAGCUCCCUGUAGAGAGAGAGCUGAAGCUGGAUGAAUCGCCCACCACACCAGGCUCCACAUCCAGCCACAUUAGCCACUCCACACUCACACCAGGAGGCUUUGGUGAUUUGUUAGAUCGGGGCUCUACUCGCUGCAGUGCUGAGGGUUCUGAAAACUCCACUCCUAAAGCUAUCAGUGACCUUGCGGCCCGCAGAGCUCGCCACAGACUGCUGUCAGGAGACACUGAGAAACACACAUCACGCCCACUCAACAAGGUCAUCAAAUCAGCCUCUGCCACCACCCUCUCACUCAUGAUCCCUACUGAUCACCAUGGUGCCUCUCCUUUGGCCAGCCCCAUGUCCCCUCACUCUCUGUCCUCCAACCCCUCAUCACGUGACUCCUCACCCAGCCGAGACCUGUCCCCUGCUGUCUGCAACAUUAAACCCGCCAUUGUCAUCCACCGAGCUGGCAAGAAAUAUGGCUUUACCCUGCGCGCCAUCAGGGUCUACAUGGGUGACACAGACAUUUAUACCAUGCACCACAUGGUGUGGCAUGUGGAGGACGGGGGACCUGCCCAUGAGGCUGGACUGAAAGAGGGAGAUCUCAUCACACAUGUUAACGGAGAGCCUGUCCAUGGACUUGUGCACACCGAAGUUGUAGAACUCAUUCUCAAGAGUGGCAGUAAGGUGUCUAUCUCUGCUACACCCUUUGAGAAUACUUCCAUUAAGGUUGGCCCUGCACGCAAAACCAGCUACAAGUCUAAAAUGGCCCGCCGCAAUAAAAGAACCAAAACCAGAGAAGGACCAGACAGUAAGAAGAGAAACUCACUGUUCCGUAAGAUCACGAAGCAGGCGACCCUUCUCCACACCAGUCGCAGUCUCUCUUCUCUGAACCGCUCUGUUUCUUCUGGCGAGAGUGUCCCAGGUUCUCCAACACACAUGUCCCCUCGUUCACCGACACAGGGCUGUCGUUCCACACCUGACUCUGCCCACUCAGUUGCCGGUAACUCAUCCCAGAGUAGCUCUCCCAGCUCUAGUGUUCCAAACUCUCCUGCCAGUUCUGGUCAGAUCAGACCCAGCUCCUUGCAUGGUCUGGCCCCCAAACUGCAGCGCCAGUAUCGCUCCCCUCGCCGCAAGUCUGCAGGCAAUAUCCCCUUAUCCCCACUGGCUCGCACACCAUCCCCCACCCCUCAGAGUACUUCCCCCCAGCGCUCUCCUUCGCCUCUGCCAAGCCACGCACUCAUCACUUCUUCAAUAGGUCAGUCCUUCCCUGUCAAACUCCACUCUUCGCCUCCUCUAGUAAGACAGAUAUCCCGGCCAAAGAGUGCAGACCCUCCUCGCUCGCCUCUGCUCAAACGUGUCCAAUCGGCAGAGAAACUUGCUUCUUCUCUUUCUUCAUCAUCAUCUUCUCCCUCUCCCUCCUCUGCUACUGAUAAAAAGCUGCCAGUAGGUGCCAGCCGCAAACACAGUCUUGAUACCUCACAUUCGGAGUUUAAAAAGGAGAUGCUGCAGCGAGACCCUAGUCUGCAGAGCCUGCAGGAGUCUAACAGUGAGACUGUACUGGUAGGACGAGUGUCUCAUGCAGAAAAGGGCAGCCUGCAGAUGGGUUCAGUUCACAAACUGGGCCGGCAAGAUAGUCCUGAGUCUGGAACUGGAAGUCUCGGACUUGUUUCUGGGAAGAGUAAACUGAAAGACAAGCUGUCUGCUAUACGCCAGGAUCGCGCUGAACGGCGUGAGUCUCUUCAGAAGCAGGAUGCUAUACAUGAGGUGGACUCCUCAGAGGAUGAGACAGACGAAGGCUCAGAAGACAGCCAGGAUGGACGCAGGACAAGCUAUGUUCCUCCUAGCCAUAUCCUGCGGCCCACUACUGUAAUGGCCUCCCCCCAUACCAUCAGGAGGGGACCAGCAGCUCCACCAACACUAGGCAUGGUACCCCCCAUUUGCGCACCCCCAAACUCACCUGAGCCCAGCAGAGGACUGCAUGUGCAAAGCCAAAUUACCACUCAGACUCUAACUUCAAACUCAGCACCAAUGCAAACUGCAGCCAAGGCCCUAGAACAGAAUCACACAAAACACUUAUCAUCUACUGCAACCCAGGGCUCCUGUUCAACACUAGCUGGAGACUCAAGAAAGGGCGAAUCAAAGCAACAGGACUCUCAAUCCAGUGUUAGACCUUCUCCACCUCAGCCCAGCCCUCUAUCCAGCACCUUCUCAACCCACGGCAGCGCCUUUACCUCCGUUAGCAAUGACCCAUUUGUAAAACCCACCACACCUCCUUUGGAUUGGAGGACCCCCAAAACUUCUGAGCCCAAGUCCAAAACUAGUAGCACUGCUUCAGUGGUAGCUAGGGAUACCCCUGUUGCUACCACACCGACUGGAGGCAUCACCAAGGAGAUGAAGGAGGCUGACAACCGCAGGCAGGCUGCAGCUGCUGCUGCUACAGCCUCUGCAUCCACUGCCUGUGAGAGUGGAAUGGACAAAGUUGUUUCUCAACUACCCACUGUGGCAAAGAGCGUGCUGGGCCCUGUGAAACUCAACAUCCCAGGAACUAAAGAGGCCCUGGAUCGGACAAAGGAUCAGCAUCCUGAGUCAAAUGCCACCCACCCAAAAAUAAAAGAGUGCUGUCUGGAACAUCCUGAUUCUCCUGACCGUUUGUGUCAAUCUGCUGGUCCUGGCUCCCAGUCGCCGCGGUUGACUAAAUCUCACUCUAAACAAACACCUUCCAAACCUGAGCCAGCCUCAACUGCUCAAAGGUCUGUAGAGGUUCCAGGGACCUCCAAAAGACCUACUCCAAACUCCCAAGCUGAGGAAGAGCAACAGGACAAACUAGGGACUUUGCAAAGCAGCACUGCACCAAGGUCUAGGUCUGAAGCUCAGUCACAGGCCCAGGCAAAACUCAGUUCCACUAUGUCACAAGACAAAUCCAACAAGCCAACGUAGCAGUUCUGCAGAAAAAUCCGUUUUAUCCAGCUAAUUUAGCUUGCCUAUUAACGGACAAAUACACAUUGUAACAGGACAGUUUCAUGUCAGUAUCCUAGUGAAAAUAUUGGAGGGAUGAUAAGAGGGGGGAAGAGAAAGAGGUGUUUACAGAUAAACCCAGCAGUUUCAUUUCAGAAUGUUUUAUGCUCUGCCAUUUACAAAAUAAUUGAGGCUGUAUAAUUGUUCUGCUUUUCUUGUUACUACUUUUAUCUGGAGAAAUACAUGCCCUCAUAUAGUAUAUUACCUCUUCAUAUUAUCUCUGUAUUACUUUAAAGAUCUUCUCUGUUGUAGGUAUUGUUGUGUCUUAAAGCAACACCUUAAAAUUUCACUUGUAUGUCUCAGUGCUAUUCAUCUUUGGAAGAAGAUAUAUUGCAGCAAUAAGAGUAGUGUAUGCCGAGCAAUUUUUAAAAACACACAAAGUUAAUAUCAUUGCACCCAUAGUAUAUAAAGACAAAACAAACUGCAUUUUCCACCCCUCACUUACGCUUGUGUCAGAUUUCAGAAAAUUGGAUGUAUAAUGUGGCAGAACGAUGGCCAUUAGUUGCAUAAAUUAUACCCUAAAAAGCAAUUCGUUUGCACAUCAUAAUUUCUAGAUCAAGUGUGUGGUUUUAUCCUUUUAUUUUCAGGGGGUUCAGCAGUUUUCAAAAUGUCAAGCGGACCAUUGUUUUUACUUUGCUUAUUUUAUUUUCAGUCAUUUUAAUAUUCGGACCAAUUUGCUGUAUCCGUUUAUUUAUUUACCUCUGUUUUUAAAAGGCAGACUUGUACCUGGAAUGUAUGUGUGCCUGUGUAUAGAAAAGCAUGUCUGAGUGCUUGUUUACGUGGGUCUUUACAGUAUAUAAUGAAAAUUAAAAAAAGUCUGUUCUUUUUUAGUCUGUUUUAUGGCCUACCAAGUGGGAGGGUGUUUGUGAUUAGUGUCCUAUCUUUGUCAUAUCACCUACGUCUGAUUCAGACCUUUACGAGGCAAAGAUGUAUUUGCACACACCCUUUUUAUUUUGUGUCAUUAAUAUGAAAACCAAUAAAUACAGUAUCCAAUUAGAUCCCAGGCUUGGUUGGGGUCUUGAGGGGUUUGACCAGUAAGUAGACUGUGGUGCCUUGUCAUAUUAUUAGACAUAAUGAUGUGUUAACACCAUAAUGUAUUUAGAGAGUGUCAAGUGUAACCUGCUCCUGUGGAACUACUGAGCUUAUUUGAAUUUUCACUUUAUUUUGCAUUUACAAUCAAAUAGCAUAAUUGUCUGUACUAAAUUCACCACCAAUUUGUGAGCAUAGUUUAACACGUGCCCUUGUUACAAAAAAGUUCUGUAGCAAGUAGUGCCAUUUCCCCACACACUCCUGUGCUACUUAUGACUGUAUGGAACAUUUCUAGUAUUAUCUGUUAGCCUAUAUGACUAAUAGUGACUGGAGUCACAUGAUGAUCAUAUGUACAGUUAUGAUAUAACCUUACUCAUGUUUUGUCCAGAUGAAAUGUGAAUGGAUGUCUUGAACAUUUACGCUUCUUUAUUGGAACCCAAAGGAAUGGAGCUGUUGAUGGCACUGUGGCCUGAAGCUUAAUUCCUAUUGAACCUAAUUAACCUGGGCAUCAUGAGCAGUGAGACAAUGCACUUGUAAAGUGAAUGGUAUUUGGUUAAAGUUGGAAAUUCAUCUGUGGGCAGUCAGGUUGAAAAAAACUUUUGCACUCUUGUGUCAAAUAAAAUCAAUCAGUCUUACAAUCAGUCGUUCUUACACCCCAGAGGCAAAGGCGUAAACAGUUUGUGUCCUUCCAAAAAAAAAGACCAAAUCAUUAUAUCCUCUAGGGAUGACCUACUGUAAAUCACUCCAUAGGUAACAUUUUCAUACCUAGAUUUAAAGCAUUGUCCCAGAGCUACAGAGAACUUGAAAAUCUGAUUUUAAACGGCAUUUCUAGGGUUUAUAGAUCCUGCCCUUAUAUGUUUGCAUGUGUUAUAUCUUGAGAGCUCAUCUGUAAACGGCACACAAGUUUAUUUUGUCUCACUGUGUCUCUGAGUGCCCAGGCACAUAUUGUAUCUUAGAUUAUGGCAGACCACUAGUGAUUACUUAUUUGGCUGGGCUGCAUUACAGAUUUUACAAAGUGUAGGCAUAGUUUACCCAAAAUUUUAAAUCUGUCAUAAUUUACUCACACUCAUGUUUCUUUCUUUUGUGGAGCACUAAAGGGAAUGUUAUGCAGAAUGUUAUCAUCAGUCACCCUUCACUUAAAUUGCAUGUUGUUUCCAUACAGAGAAAGUGAAUGGUGACUUGAGCAUACUGUGUCUGCAUUUUAUUUUACAAAAUCACAAGGCUAAUAAUUUUGAAGAAUGUGAAUGCAAUGAAUUCAUCUUUACUCCCUUUGCUAAAGUCACUAGCAGCUCUGGGCUAUGAAAGUGAGUACGAACUGCCUUUUCACAUACGUGAGGUGGAUGAUAAUGAUGCUUGGGCUAUUUGUUGAGGUGAAGUCAGGUGUAAGAACGCCUGAGGUGGUCAUCCAUCAAUGUCCCGCAAACGCAUGCCACCAUGCAUGCACUGGUGAAAUGUAAUCUCACACACACCGUCUAGAGCAAAUUCACCCACCACAUCUUACCUCUGGCAUAGCUCAGCUCUUUAUGAAUGAAACCCUUUGCAGCAUACACACAUUACUUACAUCUUCCCACUAUUAAUAUACAUAUACACUCAUCAGCCACUAAGUCCAAUCACUGCCCUCUCAACAUAUCUGUGUGUGUGCGUUAGGUCCAAAUGGCUGCACAGAUGGAUCACUUUUAUGUAGAUAUGUAUUAAGUCUAGUAUUCUGAGUGUUUACUAUAAAAAUAAUUGAAGUUAAAUGGUGCAAUGGCCUCUGCCUUCGAUAUGACACAGCUGGAAUGGAACAAUGUGUAUUUUAAGAGUUUAUAUUCACAUAAAGUUGUGAUGGAGUCAAUGGUGAUUCUAUGGUGUUAUGGAUGUAGGACACUGUUCAUGUGACCAUCAUGUUUUGUCUUCUAAGGCUAAAGGAGAUGUGGCAUGGUUGUACAGAAACAAAUUAGUAAAAAUGGGCAAAAGGAAAAAAAACUGCUAGAGUUAAACCAGUGCAAUAUCUUAACAUUUUCUAUUGUGGCAUGUUUGUUGUUAAU